AUGUAUAAGGAUAACUGGGCUAUUCACAGUCGGCCGCAGCUGUCGGCGCGGCGACACCAGUCCGCGCGGUCACUAUCCGCGUCGCGUCGCGCAAUGUCAAAGGUUCUGGCCGUUAUCUUACUCGCAGGCGUCACGCUGCUCACGCUACCGUCGCCGGAGGCCAGAGUUACGGAAGCCCAAUGCAGGCAGAUGCCGACGAAUAACAAACACUGCCAUUUGGAAUACGGGACUUGGCAGCGAGAAUCCGACCACGUCGUCAGAUAUAUCUUCGACUGGGGCGGGCAGCGCUGCGUAGCGUGGCACUGGUGGACCGAUCCGACUCGAUGCUCGCUACCGGUCGAUGAAAACAACUUCGCCAGUGAACACGAGUGCCUCGCAGCCUGCACGGGCUGGGCGUAG